GGGGAAAAAGGGCGAUUUCUGGUCACGUGAUACCUGUUAAACCAGGAAGAAAUACGUAAAAACCAAAACAAAUUUCAGACUAGCUUGAAAAGCCGGAAAACACAUUCUCCGUGACUGACAGGCACCAUAUCAGCGCCGACAUGGAGGAUACGCUCUUCCAGCUUAAGUUUACAUCUAAACAACUUGAGAGACUGGCUAAGAAGGCAGAGAAGGAGUCAGAAAAGGAGCAGGCCAAGGUUAAGAAGGCUUUGCAACAGAAAAAUGUAGAUGUUGCCAGAGUUUACGCAGAGAACUCCAUCCGGAAAAAGAAUGAAGGUCUUAAUUGGCUGCGCAUGGCGUCACGAGUCGAUGCGGUGGCCUCUAAAGUUCAGACCGCCGUUACCAUGAAAGGAGUGACUAAAAGCAUGGGCCAGGUGACCAAGGCCCUGGACAAAGCCUUGAGCUCCAUGGAUCUGCAGAAGGUCUCUGCAGUCAUGGAUAAAUUUGAAAGCCAAGUUCAGAACCUUGACGUCCACACCUCUGUGAUGGAGGACUCCAUGAGCUCAGCCAUGACUCUGACCACACCUCAGGAGCAGGUGGAUGACCUGAUCCACCAGAUAGCAGAACAGAACGGCCUGGAGGUGAUGGACCAGCUGGACCAGCUGCCUGCUGGAGCUACCACACUGAGUGGRGAGAGCUCACGGAACCAGGAGAAGGAGGACCAGUUGUCCCGACGGCUGGCAGCUCUGCGAAACUGACCGUCGCUGCAGGAGAUACGAGCUGCUGACAGCUGCAUGGAAGAAAAUGAGUUUGUAAGCUCGGCCUGGACAGGAACUAUUUGUGUUUCUACUGAACUGUUCCUACUGGAAGGACUUAAUGAGUCUAUUGAUUACCCACCCCCACUGGCCCAUAAAUAAACACACACAGCAGCUAGAAAUAGCACCUGAGAUGGAACAAACGUCCCUCGGGUUCACCUUCCUGUUUCAGUUGCUCUCAACCUCAUGUUUUCCCUUUUUUUAAUMCCUUCUCUCCAACCACAGGCUUUUUGAGUGUUGUACAAAAACAAACAUUUUGCAAAUGAUCUUAAGAGGUUUUAUUGAUCUGUCACACUGUUUAUAAGAUAAUCUGGGGUCUUUGGUUCUCACAUGGUAAAAGGUGAUUUCUAAGUGUGUGUGUUUUUUUUGUCUGUUUUUAAGUAAAAAAAAAAACAGAUUUGGACAAUUCUUGAAAGAAGGAGACAAAUUUAACAGUAGACAUCAUUUUAGAUUGACAAUGGUGACACUAAAACGUUUAACUCUCUCAUCUGGUUCAGUUGUUCRUGAAGUCUGUAAACAACAGAAGACAAUCCUCAUGUUUGCUUCCUUUGUUUGUUUUAGGUUAUUAUUUUUUGCUUGUAUUCAUGCUUUGUGCUUUGAACGCCUUAUUUGGGAUGUGGGUGCUUGUAUAGAUGUUUCUUCCUCCAGUGCCUGUAGGACAGAAAGUUUAGAGGUUUUCCAGCCCGCGUUGCUUUGGUCCUCGAGCUCGGUUGCCUUUAGCUGUCGCAGGUGGAUGUUUUUUUAUUAUUUCUAGAUCUCGUGGUUUAGGGGUUUGAUUUAAGCCAUGCUGACGUCUCGGUCAGAUAUUUGGAUGUUUUAUUCUCUGAGUGACAGAAUCACCCCUACCUGUCUCUGCUCUGGAGUAUAAACCACAUCAGUGUGGAUCCUGGAGGUACAGAUACGAUGAUGGUUCAAGUUAAACAUACAGCUCUGUUGGAAUGGGCUUGAGUUGCUUCUUUGCUUUUUGGGGUUUUAAGUUUAUCUGCCUGUUUGGAGCUUUGCUGGGUUUGGUGCCUCACUGACUGUAGUUGCAGUUUGUUGGGAACAAGCAGSCAGGAAGAAGCUCCACCUCCACCUGACUGAGCAACUUCAGCCUCUGGAUAAAGUUUUCUGCUUCUCAUACAUUUUAACCCCAGGAGGUUUAUUUAUCCUCAUCUUCUGCCAACUUUUCAGCACUUUUUGUUUUGUAUAUUUAUCAUGUGAAAAUAAAAUUCUUCUCUCUGA